CAGAGGCUGGAGAACUCCCUCCCUAUGCAGGGGCAGAGAUGGGAAGAUAAGCUUUGGCUGUAGACAAAUAGCCUUAUGCAAGAUGUGAGGAUUUUGUGCACCAGCGAGACAUGUCUGAAAGUUCCUCAGGUCUGACUACAAGCAAUGAAAAGUUCAGUAAAUCCUAUCCAUCCUGCUGCUCCAUCCUGAGGGACACACACCCAAUCCCACCGGGUUUAUCACAAGGCAGAGGAAUCAUCAGGCCGAGCUGUGACUCUGGGCUGCCUUCCCCACUUCCUUCUGACUCCUUCAAGUACCUUGGCUGGUGUGACAUAGAGGAACACGAUGUUCGAGGAAAUCAGCUCCGCUGUCCCCGAGUGAGAGAAGGGCCCCCAGAAGAAGAGCUGUUUUUCAGAAGAGAAGAACAUACUUUGAAAAAAAGAAAACAAGUAACUGACACAGAGAAAUGGGAGAAGAGGCUGCAAGAGAACUGGGAAAACUGUGCUGAGCUGAACCUUUCAUUCCAGGACCUGGGUGAUGUUUACCAGGUGGAAAACUUCAAGAGGAUUCUCCGAAGAUUAAUUCGGGUGGAAAAGCUUUGGUUGGUGGACAAUUCUUUGACAGACCUCAGUGCCAUAAGGUUGCCAAGAUGCAGAGAAUUAAAUGUCAAUAAAAACCACUUUAGAUCCUUCAAACAGCUGCCAAAGAUCCCUCAGAUUCAGCACUUAUCUCUGGCUGAAAAUAACAUUAUGACACUAAGUGGAAUAUCAGAUUUCAGACACACUCCGCUCGAGUCCCUCAUUCUCAAGAGGAAUCCCUGUGAGUUCCAAGAAAAAUACAGACAACUUGUAUUCUCCAGUUUGCCAAAUCUGAAAAUGCUGGAUGGGAUCCCAAAACUGCCAGAGGACUGUUCACCCCCAGAUAUCAGGUUUUUUUACAAAAUGUGUACUAUACUCUAGCACUGUAUUUUUGGGGGAUCACAACUGUGCUACAACCACCUCGCUGAAAAGAGGCAAUAAAUCCUCCUUAUGGAAGUUACUAAUUUUUUUUUUCUAACCAAAGAGAUAUUGAAGCAGAAAUAUAACAGUUUUGAAUGCAUUUGUGAUACCACAGACUUCAAGUAAGUAUGGAUAUGGAUAUGUAAAUAACACAUUAUGUGUACACUGAGUGUCAUGAGUUCAAUGUAUUAAAACUAUUGGGUGACUUUCUUGUCUAGGAGCUCUGUGUAGACAACAACUCACAAUUAAUGACUCCCACCUCAUUUACUUAAAACAUAUCCAAGUUCAGACCCCGAGUUCAUUGUGGGAAAUGGCACAGGGAUGAACAUCCAGGCUGCAAAGAAAAGGAAAAAAACCCCCCACAGCUAAAUAAAAGAACCCACCAAUGU